GUAAGUCUGCAUCACCAACUCAUCAUAUACCAUAUCGUCAGCUUGCCAAACAUCCCCUUUGGCCAAUCAAAAUGUCUGCCCUUUUCCCUAAAUCCGCUUCCAAAACAAUGGUAUCGCUUGCUGAGGUGCGGUCUCAUAACUCAACCCUCAAAAAUCUGGCACCCGGCCUUGUAGCAGUAUUCGUGGGCGGUACAAGUGGCAUCUCUCUCUACACGGCCCAAGAAUUCGCGCGCAACACCACAUCUCCACACAUCUACCUUAUCGGCCGAAACGAAACCGAAGCCGAACGCAUACAAAAAGAGCUCAAAACCAUUAAUUCAUCUUCCACCAUCGACUUCAUCAAAAAGGACGUCUCGCUGCUUAGAAAAGUAGACGAGGCAUGCAAGGAGAUCAAAGAAAAGGAGAAGAAGAUCAACCUACUCUUCAUGACCAUUGGCGCAAUGACCUUCAAAGGAAGAACCGAGACGGAAGAGGGCCUGGACAGGAAAUUCGCUCUGCAUUACUACGCCCGCAUGCGCUUCAUACAAAAUCUCGCCCCUCUCCUUACAGCUGCGGCAACGGACGCCGACCCCAAAGCAAGCCUCUCCCGCGUCGUCUCUGUUUACGACCCGUUCAUCGGCAAGGACAAGCAACCAAACUUUGACGAUCUCUCCCUUAAGAACAACUUCUCUCUGGGAACCUGUGCUGCGCACGCCAGUGCCAUGCAGAAUUUCGCUCUAGAGCGUUUCGCGCGAUUAUACCCGCAAACUUCGUUCAUCCAUGAGCAACCCGGGGCCGUAGAAACCGGCCUGGCGAAAUCUUGGGCCCUAAAGCCCUUGUAUUUUUUGCUGCGACCGCUUAUGGUGGGGAAGAAGGAGAGCGGAGAACGGCAUUUGUUCGCCUCUACGGCUCCGCGAUACGCACCGCGGUCAAAGGCCGAGGAGAAGGGGGUGGUGGUGGGAGCUGAUGGCGUGCAAGGAAGUGGGCACUACCAUUUGAGCUAUAGCGGAGAGGCUGAUGGCGAAAGCAAGAUCUCUGCUGAAUUGAGAAAAGACCGUGCCGAGGAGAAGAUCUGGAAUCACACAGAGGAAGUAUAUAAGAAAGUGUGUGAUGAGAAUGGGAAAUACUAAUUUUUGAGCCGUGGUAGGUGUACCAAGUUGAUCGGGAAAACUCUCCCAUGUCCUUUUAGAUACCAU